AUGGGAGCUCAGGUAAGACGACAGAGCUGAAUAACACAUUUGCAUGAUUCUGUCACCUGUCGUAGAUGGUAGAAAGGAUGACAUUGCAUAAAUAUUUUUACCUACUUCCUUUUUAACAGGUAACAAAAACAUUCAAUAAACAAGUCACGCAUGUAGUUUUCAAGAACGGUCAUUCAGCAACAUGGAGGAAAGCCAAGAAGAGCGGUGUGAAGCUAGUUUCCGUCCUCUGGGUCAGCAGGUAGUAAAACUGCAAAGAUAUACUUUAUUAAUUCAUCAGUUCUGUUUUUUACGACACAUUUUCAAACUUUUAAAGGUGCUGAAUCUCUUGGUGUUGCUUUUUUAUGAAUGAUUUCCAGGUGUUAUGAGGACGGUGUGCGUGUGGAUGAGGAGUUGUAUCCAGCCUUAAAUGAUGAAAGCAACCCGGCAUUAAAAAACAAAAAAGUGAGUACAGUCGGGUGAACAUGUUGGUGUCACAGGCUAAGAUGCUUCUGUUGGAUGCUGUUUUCAAGACAUGAUUCACCGACCAGGUUUGACAUCUGAUCUGGUCAUAUUUGUUCAACUAGGUGUUAGAGGAAUAAAUACCAAAACCUUUGUGUCAUGAUCCAUUCAAUGAACCCUUAGUUUUAAGCUGGGUGGUGGUGAAACACAUUAGCCCUCAUUUAUCAAUCUUGCGUAGAACUGAGCGCAGGAUUCAUAGUACAAUAGGACAUCGAUAUCCAUCGAUAAGGUCCUGUCUCCUCUGUGCAGUACCUUUGUAGAGUCUCUCCUUGUUAUUGUUCUCCGGGCAUCGGGUCCUCACGUUGCACCGGCACAGCUAACGGCACUCCAUUCGCCAGAGCAACAUUGUUCAAAACUGUACUGGCCCAAAUGAUGUCCCACACCCUUUCAGGAGGGUACAACAACGUCCCCACUACUGGGCCAAGACAGAGACACCUGCCUCUUAGGAGUCAAACGCAGCGCUCCACAGUGGCGCGUGUUAUCAAAUAGGCCUACUCACUGAGGACAUAACAAAUUUAUUUUAUUUUAUUUACAUCUUAAUCUUUAAUGAAAUCUGUCUGAGUCUGAUUGUGCUUAAUGACAGGUUUGAGGUUUGUUUUGAGAUCAGUUAUUUUGAGACAGACACUUGCUGCACCGCAGAUCCACACUGACUCAAACUUGCGUAUACGACAUCAGACCUGUCGUGAGAUUUGGUCAUAGCGUACGCUCAUGUGCAGAUUGAUAAAUGCCGCAACUUAAGUGCGCAAGGUGUACUUAAGUUUUCUGCAGUAUGCAAGCUUGAUAAAUGAGGGCCGUUGAAACUGUAGAGAAAAAAAAAUACUAUUUCAGUUUACCCUGUAGUCUGUCUGGAAAGAAGCUGUAAUUACUGAAUAAUUGUUCGUCAAAUUGAAUUAAUUCAAACAAGAAUGUUUGGAGGAAAUCACUGUGUUUUCCCCUCACUUGACUUAAUUUUCAAUGAUAUUCUCAAGGUUGUCUUUGGUUGUUUGAAAUAUUAAUUAAGAAGAAGUGCUCUAGUUUUUUCACUCCUUGCACUCUGAUUUUAAAACUCAGGAAACAUAACAGUUUAAUUAAAGACGUUUUAAAGACCUUGAAAUAAUUCAGAACUGCAUCCUAAUGAAUCACUUUAAGGACUAAUUUUUUUGCACAUCCGAUAUUAAAGUCAAGUCUCUAAACUUCAGUCACAGUGAGCCAAAGUCAUUUUCGAGGAAUCUGACAGGAGUUCAAAUCAAGUGUCCAUCGUAAAUGUUAUUUAUUAUAAGGAGCAGCGCCGUCUGACUCCACAAACUCUUGACUGCGUGAACUUAGACUGACUGUGUGGGACCUUUUCGAUGAGUCGAAAACACAUUUCAUUCAUAAUCAUAGAUUCUGACUGAUGCAGCAUGUCUGCGAAUAUCAAUGGAGUGACAGCUUUGUGUGUGGUGCAUGAAUGUGCACUGCACUUUUAUCGACAAGGACACACAUUCAUCAUUUCUGGAAUUACUUCAUGUGUCAAAGAAAGUCAAAAAUACCCUGCUACUCUUUCACUGUCAGGACUAGAUCCGACCAAACAUCUUGUGUUUGAGUCACUUUAGCUGCCAUCUAACAUUAAAGUGAGUUUGCCAGCAGUAACAUAAUCAUCAGUUGAAGCUUUAGCAUCUCUCCUACUUUUCUUGGUGGAUCUUGUACUGAAGUCUGCUAAAGUUUGAGAGUCCAACCCUACCUGCUCUUUGAUGCUUCUUUGAUAUCGAACACACUGCACAGCUCUUGCUUGUGUUUUCUGCAUCAUAUUUAAAAAACAGGAUGCAUGAUUCAUUUCACAUCUAUAAGCAUCCUUGCAGUAGCUUGUGCUGAGCAAGACAGCACCGGUAUGAGAUACAGUAUGUGCCAGCUCUUGCUUGAAACUGAAUAAUUGACUAGAGCCUCAUACAAAAAUGAACAAAAGCGAUCAAUGAAUACAUUUUAAUCCUGAUCCCAUCUUCUUGGUCUUUAUGUGGUCAUUAAGGGUCCAAGUUCGAGUUAAAGCCAUCGCUAGAAUCAAAGCCAAGGCAAGAGUCAUGAAAAUUUAUGCUUGAAUCAAACUCAAAUUCAAGUCCUCGGUUUGGAGAUAACGCUGAAAACAAAUUAAGAUUGCUUUUCUUUGUUGGUGUAUGGGAAUGUCAUUUUAACCCUCCAUUCAGUAUUGAAGCUCUUCAGAGGUAUAUUAAAGAACCACAUCACACUCCGUAUGUUAAUAGAUAGCAAGGUCAAGUGCUAGAUUGAAAGUGUUGCAGCGGUAGUGAAAGAGCCGAGGUUCAAAUUGAGUGCUGAAGUCAUUGAUUGCACAGUCCACAGAAGUCAGUGAUUGCAUCACCCACUUGAACCAUGUUUUAUGUUUUUUUUUUUUUCUGUGUAGCAUCGUUGCAUGCAGCCGAAAGAUUCUCCAGAAAAGACUCCUGAAAAUGACAAACGUAUGAGGAAAAAAUUAGACAGAAUGAUGAAGAAUCUGCCGCUCAUUCAGCCUAUAGGUGAGGCAUUUUUAUAAUAUUACGCCUUUUUUGAACAAAAGUUUUGGUUUGUCAUUGAUCUGAUUGGUGUUAUCAACAGAGACAGAGGUGUCACCCAUCAUUAUCGACGAGGAGAGCGGAAUAGUCUAUAGUCCGGCGUUGAAAAGAUCCGAUUAUAUGGCUCGGCGUUUGAAGGACAUGAAAGAGAAACAUGAAUACCUCUCACCCACAGGUAUGUGCAGCAGCACUUUUUUUCACACGUAAUGACUGGAACAGUUAUUCUCUUUGUAACAAAGAAGAUUCAUUCCCAUACUCUUCUUUGUCUUUCAGCAUCGCAGAGGAUUGAAUCCUGCUCCCCCACUGGGCUGAAGCCAUCUCUUGGAAGCACACCAACUAUCCUCAAACUAACGUGUAAGACAGUGAGAUGUGAAUUUCUGUGAAAAGAUUAAUUGUUUAUUUCUCUUUUCAAACACGCAGUGUUUUUCUGUUGAAGAAAAAAAUCUUGGACUGACAAUACCCGCUUUUGAUUGCACAGAUGUCAUGAAAUUGUGAAAACUGAUCAAUAAACACAGCAGUUGGUCAUGUUGUCUUAGCUGUGCAACAAGCAAGCAAAGCUUCAGAAACUGUCUAUUGUUAGUUUUUCAAGCAUUUGAUUGUCUUGAGGCUGAAUUAAGUUGUACUUUUCUGAAAUGUGACCUCACUCACCCAAAUGUUAGAUGUUUUAUUUCCUCAAAAUACCAGAGGUGGGGGAAAGUCCUUAUGUUGCAAGUCCAAGUCAAGUCUCAAGUCUUUGCUCUCAAGUCUUGAGUCAAGUUCAAGUCAACACAGACAAGUCCUAAGUCAAGUCCAAGUCCUGACCUUAUUGUUUUGAGUCCCAACCAAGUCCUUACCGUUUCUUUCAAGUCAAAAACAAGUCAUAUCAAAGCCAUAAACCAUUUGUUACAAAGAUUUACAUAAAUCAUGAGCAUUUUUCACUAUUUGCAUUUAUUAUGAAACAAGGGUUCUUGUUUGUGUUAAGUUACAUAGUGCAGCUAUGUCGAUUGAAGUUGGAAGUAGUUUUCAUUCCAUCGCUGAUUUUGGCACCGCAUGUCUUGCAUUGGGCUUUUCUUUUCUCUUUGAUGUCAUCCACCUUGUAAUUUUUAAAACCAAAAGCUAUAACUGCUGGAGUAGUCAUGUCUCCUGGCUUCCAGUUCAGUUCACCAGUCCAGCAGUAGUGACAGAGUGAAGCCGGGUGUGUUUGUUGUUUACGUGUUGCCUGUUUCCACGUGCAGCUCAUGGAAACAGGCGGGCAAUACUAGCGACUAGCGAUCGAUUUAUGUUCAGUCCUCCCGGUGUUGUUGUUAUGAGGGAGGCUAGAGUUUGAGACAGUGUUGCCAAGUUUCGUGAGAUAAAAAAAGGAAACAGACCUCCAGAAACAAGCCAAAAACAAGCGAAAGUUUUUUGCGGAAAAUAAGCAGACUUGGCAACACAACACGGUGUUACCAACGGCCGUAAUUCCUGACUAUUAGUUGAUGCGACACUUUUUAAACGGUUUGGGCUUGCUGUAAGGUAUUAAGUGACUUGAAAAGACUUGACUUGACUUUUCAAGUCACUGGGCUCAAGUCAAGUCAAGUCUCAAGUCUUUAGCAAUCAAGUCCCAAGCGAGUCCAAGUCAUUUCUUGAUUUCAUCAAGCAAGUCUUAAGUCAUCAAAAACAGGACUCAAGUCCAAGUCGACUCUUGAGUCGAGUCGUUAAGCCCCUACCUCUGCAAAAUACGUCUGAAAAAAGCCGGAUCAUCUUAUGACAGAGGCUAACUGUGACUCGGUCCAGCAAUGACAGAUGGAGGGACGGCGUGAACAAAGUGUCGGAAAAGUAGGACAAGUUAACUAACAGCUGAGUCGGGGUUAUGAUGCAUCAUUUAGAAGUCCAUCAUAAAUGCAGCUGAGAUGUUAAACAACCGCUAACAGCCAAGAAAUAUGCUGUCACAGUGUAAUGCCUGAAGAAGACUAUGUGAGUAGAUGUGAAACAGUUUUCCUAAUGAAAACAAUCUUGAAAAGUCAUUUCUGAGAAAUUAGUCUCAGAAAGGGAGGUCAUCCAAUAAUCAGUCAUCCUUUAUUAGGGCCAUUAUGGUACAUAAUUCUGAUUAAUGCACCAGUAAUGAGCAAGACACUUGAGAUUGCAUUAAUGAAACAUAAUGAAAUCUACUUGAUGUGCAAAGAGCUGCUUGUAUUUUAUAAAUGUAACCAUCUACUGAGGUCAGUUGGAAAUUCAACCUGAUAUACUAGGAAACAAAAAGGAUGGAGAUGGAAAAUCAGAUCAGAAGUCAUUAUGUACGGGUCAAUUGUAGGCGUUCUUUUCUAUGCUUGUGUUUUAUUCAUAUAUUUUCUAUUUUAGAUGCAUUUUUUCUUUCCUGUUGGGGACUUGUGGGUCUGCAAUGAGGAAUUAUUAUUAUUAUCAUGAGAAACUGGCAUUAAAAAGAUGAAAAUCUAAAUUAUUAUGUCUCUCUUGACAUAGAUGACCAGUCAGAUGACGACUCCAGUGCUUCUGCUGCUGAACCCACUUACUCACCUGAUAAAGGAGAAGGGAGAACAAAAGUUGAUGCCGUUGGCCAUGACCAUCUGGAGCAGCCCCGCAGGAAAGAGCGUGAGCAGUCCUGGCUGUCACCUUGUCGAGAUGUGCCAAAGCGAAUACCAAGCCAGAGCUUGAGACGCCCCAGCAUCAAGGACAGUGAUGCACUAAAGCAGAUCAAAAGUCCAAGUUUGAAACAGCCUGACUUUGUGGAUGAAAAGGACCAAGUUGAAAAAGGAAAGAAAAAAUCGAGACCGACCUCAGUUGGAAAAAAAACAGCAGAAAAACAGACGGCUGUAGGUUCAACAGAGAGACCUCAUCAGACUGCGGGACCUGAAAAACCUCAGAAAAGCAUUCAUAAAGAGAAAAGACGAUCACAGAUAAAACCUCUUAGUCUAUCACCUGAGAAAUCUGAAAAGGGAAAACUUAAAGCAGCUAAAGAGACCAAGACUCGCUCUCACUCUGACACUGUGACCUCCUCUAGUUGCCGCUCAUUACCAGCAGUAAAAUCAGGUGAUGCUGCAGUUAAAAUGUCAAAAGAAACCUCUCCUCCUCCUCCUCCUCCUCUUCUUCCUCCUCCUCGUUUAUAUCAAACACCAAAACGAGCCAGACAAUCAUUUUCUGCUUUGGUUCGAUCUUUCACUGAGCCUCGUAACUCUAAACAUGUUGUCUCUAGUUCCAAUGAUGGCGAUGAUAACGUCUUUGAGGACUAUUUCUCCCCCGCUAACCUUCAACAGAAAUCACAAACACCUAUUUCACUGACUCUACCUGUGGAAGAAAAACAUACUUUUCAGAUUCCUUUUGAGCUGGAUUCUGUACCCAGCAAGAAAAAACAAAGACGAAGUGAAAGUAUUGCAUCUGAAGCGAGCAGUAAAAAGAAGAGGAAACUGGAAGAAGGUCAAAGUGACAAAAAUCGCCGUCAGUCAGCUGAUGCAAGCAUCGAGUUACAGAGUCAUCAGCAACAGGAUGUUAAGGAAUCUCGGCCUUCUUCUGAAAGUUCAGCAUCCAGUGUCAAACCUGUGGACAAAAGAAGAAGAAAAAGCACUGUACCGAUGACGAACACUGAUACAACCACAAAGGUUGAAGUGAAGAAGAAGAGAACGUCGAUAUCGGUGCAGCAGGCGACACUAACAGAAACUAAAACUGAGUUAAAGACGCAGAAAAACUCUGCCGCCAGUGUCCUCUCUCAUGACUCGGAAAGUGAGUAGUAAAAGUGCCAGAGCUAAUUAAGUGAAGGUAUUACGGGGAAACCAGAAUGCAGAUUUCCAUCUUUAUCCUCAUUAUCACGCACAGGGAAAUUACCACAAUUUAUUAUGUUCAAGCUGUGAUUAAAGCGGAGAUUUGCUGCUGUGUUUUUGACCCUUGCGGAAUUUAUGUGGUCUUGAAGGCAUGCAAAUUACACCUUCAGAGAAAACUGAAUUACUGAAUGAGUGAUGUGAUCGAUUUUCAUUGUUGGUGAAAUUUUAUUUAUAAAUCUCUAGGGAAGAAUAAAGAAAGAUGAAUUCAACUUUGAUGAAACAGGCCUUUUUAAUAUCGAACUUGUUUGUAUUCUGUUGGUGACCUCUGCGAAGAAAGCUCUGUUUUAGAUCAUUAAUUCAAGGUAGGUAUUUUUCAGUAACUGGAGCUUUGUUUGCCUUUAGAUUUAUAUUUGUUUGACAGUCUGCAUCAGGACAAGACUGCAUCUGUCCAAACUAAAUCAUGUUGAGGUUUGAACUCCAAAAAACCCAGCAGGAGUAAUUUUGUAACCAGAUGGAGUUCUUGUAUGAAAAAGCUGCCAGUAGAUAAAAACAAUGAUGAAAAGUUCAUGUUAGUAUGAAUUAUCGAAGACCUGCUUUUUAAAACUGUGUUUUGACAUGACUUUUAGUGCGAAAGUCACAGAUAGCACCUUUAAUCCAAACUAACAGUAUAAAUUAUUUACUCUGUCAAGUCUCUUCAAAUGUGUGACGCUUCAUUCGAUGAAUAUUUUAUUGUAUUUGGAGUAAAAACAUAAUAGGCGCGUGUAUUCCAAACAUGGUUUACUUCACCUUGUUGUAUAAAUGUUUAAUUUCUUUUCACGGUCUUACCUUUUUGGCGGUAAGUUGUGUUCAUUAGUGUUUGUUUUCUGUUUUCUGUUUACAACUCCGUGUCAGCGUCUCUAGGCAGCUGCAAAUGUUACACCACAUAUAAGCAUGCAUGAGUGCACACCAAGCUUCGCCUGCUGCGUGAUAGCUUGAGUGACAUCCCACCCUCCACAUACACAAUGUUUUCAAUUAUUUUCUUGUUUGCAUCACAGGCAGAGGAAAUGAACGCGCUAAUGCAGCUGGUUCAGAAGAAAGCCCCUCUGAAGGAGACGAUAAUCUGGCAAACAACACCAGCUCUAAUGUGCAGAAAACGGUCAACAGAACAACGGUAAGAAGCAUUAUUAAUUGUAUUAAAAUGACUUUAAAUGUCCUUUUAUGUCGUUUAAUUACAGUCAUGAAUCAGUUUAAGACCUAUUUCUUCUUAGUACACAUUAGAGAGGAGUAUCCUACAGUGUCGGAGGAAAUACUUGAACUGCACUGAAUUAAAAUGAAAAUAUAAAUACUGUUUAUUAGAAGUUAAUGAAACUUUUGUUAAAGGCAGAAAGAAAGUUUCCUCAUGCAACACAUUUCGUACACAAAGGCAGCUGGAGGUGCUUUAAGAAAGCAUAUUCAAACAAAAACUAAAAAUAUUCAAAUAUGAUAAAAUACUGAGAGUGCAGAUGAAAAACUUCUUUACCAAUCACUUUUUGAACAUCUUUUUCUUGUUGUUUAAUUAUGCUUUUAGAUCUUUCAGGACUGCUGCAGGUGCAGACUGAGAAAAUCCCAUGACACUCACAGUUAUCUGCACUGUAGGAAGUUUACAAAGUCAACUAAACACCAAAGAGUGUGUGUGUAUGAGAUUCCCUUUUAAGUAUUUCCUCCAUAAGGUCACACACUUCCAUUACUGUCGGCGUUUGACGCAUCUAGACAAGAGGUUGUGUCUGGUCCUGAGGGUUUCCUGUGUUUUUCGCCUCUGUGAUGGUAGCCUACAACUUCCUCGCCUGUGAAACGCACCUGGGCUCUGUUUUCGUUACGCUGGUAACCUCAAUGAGUUGAAGUUGAAAAAGAGUCUCACAUGACGUCACCUCCUCUCACAGAUCUGUUAUGGUUUGACUCCACUGUAGUCUGAUUUUAGAGAUGUUGUACUUGUUCUUGUAGUUCUGGAAAGAUGACGAUAAAAGCUGAAUAUGGGAGGGAAAGUAAACACAGACGGCCAUGACGAGUGCUUUAAGUCACGCCUGCACAUCUUGCCAAUCUUUUAAAGUUCAGACAGUCAACUAUGAAACUAUAUUCUGCAGCCUUUCUGUACAUUUGAUUUUACAGUCUUCCUCUUACUGAGACUGUCUUCUUUUUGAGGAACAUGAGCUGAUAUCACUUGCUGUUAUUUACAGAUAACAUAAGAAAUAUAAGAAGCCUUAGACGCUCCAAAGAGUUGAGGAAAGGAUAAUUAAAAAUAAUCUCUGUUUAGUCAAAUAAACUUUUCUUUAUCCUUUAAAAUCUUGAUAAUUUUUAGGAUGAAUAAUUAUUUAAUAAUAAUAAUAAUUUUGGGAUUAUAAUUAUAUUAUAAAAAGGCUGUCUGAUCUGUUUAUGUGCCUUAAGGAAUGGUCUUUUCUAGCUUAAGUACUGUUUGAUAGUCACAGCGAACUGUAAUUAUCUGCUUCUGCACAGUGCUCUGCUCUCUGCAUAGACUCAUGAGAUGCUAGUUUUACCUGAAAAGUUUGCCUUUGACAUAAAUCUGUUAAGUCUUAAGGAAGCACUUUGGAUAAAGUGGAUAAAGUCAGGGACAGGCAGAGUGGGAAAAGACUCUGGGUUUGAAUCAACAUUGGAUGAUAGCCUUUGUACACGAGUCUCGCGAUUUAUCCACGAGACCAAACUGGCGCUCCCUUCAAAACUCUUUGACGGCUGAAGAAGUCUCUGCAGUUUUCUUCACUCCUGAAAAUUAAAGCAUAACACUCAUUUCACCUGUAGCUCCCUGACUCAACAGGCACUUGUAUCUGAUUAUGACUAUGCAUCAAUAAUAAUUAAACAAAUUAAGGUGGGGUAAUUGCUGCAUAAAGCAUGUCAUUUAAACCAUGACCCAUCCCUGAUGUACCUGCAGAUCAUCUGGGAAAUUAAAAACAGUCUCAUAAUUACUGGACAUGUGUCUCUUUAGGCGGAGUGGUCUGGAACAUUUAGUCUUACACUGAGGCGUCUUUAUGAAUUCCAUACAGGGGCUGAUGAUUACGCCUCGGGUCCUAUAGCAGCAGAUUUUUAGUUUGUUUGUUGGUUGGUUUGCUGGUAGUGUAACAGGCUGGUGUCAACAGUGAUGCCCUUUUGUGACCUGAAAAAAACAAACAAGACUAUUUACAGUAAGACUGACAGCAGACCAUGAACACCACCCUGGAGAAACAGUCUCAUAGCAAGUGAAACCUUUUUUUUUCAUACUUUAAGUUUUUAUUUAUCUUUUUAACAACAAAAUACUGAAGGUACACAACAGUCACAGUACCAGAACAGUUGUUGCCUUAUCCUCAUUAAACCAACUUUAAAGGUUACAUCAAAAUUUACACCGCUGCCUUAUCAUAGUUGUCUUGGACAGAGGGAAACGGUCAAGAUGCAGAGCCGCAUCUUAUUAGAGGCAGAAGGGAGGAAACAGACCUCCAUUAACGUCUUCACUUCGACAAAAAGCUGUCUAUUCUGACCGUCCUUGCAGCAUACAGAUCAGCUUUCAGGUCAAUCUUGACAUCUCGUGGGUCUCCUCAAUAAUACCAAGUCAUUUAUCCACUCUAGGUGGGUCAAUCUGUGGCUAUUUACGAGAAAUUGCUUUUUUUUUUCUAGCAGCGGCAGUCCAAAUUUUCAGGAGGUAUUUAUCACUGCUUAUCAUCCCUACUGGAAUAUCGCCUGGGAUCUGUUGUCUAAGUACUUCUUGUGAGUGUGUAGAGAUAUUGCUCCAAAAUAAAUUAAUCUUAAAUUUGCCUCAUCAUCUCUGCAGCUUCUCCAACAUCUUUGUUGUGACACGGCCAGAUAUGGUUUCAUUUUAGGAGUAAUGAAGUAACAAACAAGAUCCGUCUAACUGAACUUGCGCCAGUACAUAGAUCAAGUGGUAGAAAAAGCAGUCUCACACAUAUUUGACUCGUUAUACUCUCUUUCAGAUCUUUCUCCUACCUUUCUUUAAUAUAGUCUGUGGUAUUUCCCAAGUUUUCAACAACUCCCUGGUAAAGUCUUGAAAUUAUUGUGCAAGUGAUACCUUUGACCAUGACAACAAAGCUGGAUGAUCUUUAUGAUCUAACACGUGUUAAAGAUAAAAUCAACCCAACAGGAUCUGACUCACUUUGGAGCUUUAAAGAUGGGGUAGGCAGGAUCUGAGGAGGUGCCAGUUUUGGGGAGAAAUCUUGAAUACAAACUCUACCCCUCCCAACCAGUUUUCCCCUCAGCUCCUCCUCUCCCCUCCCUCUCUGCUCCAGCAAGCCCCGCCCACAAACAGACGCUCCUGCUCGCUCUAGGAUAAAGUGACAUAGUCCAGGACCCAAGGUCAACAGUCAAGGUCAAGGUCAACGGCGCUACAACACGCUACAGCAGGUCCGUUUGACAAGAAAUACUUCUGAUACAGACACUUGGCUUACUUUGAUAAAGCAGUUUGCCUGUCCAGCAGAAAGGUUACAGGGUCACCAAGAUCCCGAAGCUUCCCCCAUCGUUAAUGCUGAUAUUGACCCGGCUUUUUAGCUCUUGUCCGGUCUACCUCCGUUUUAAGCGCCUGUUAUUCCACCAGAGUCUGCGGUAUUUACUUUGUUUUCUUGUUUGUGUUGGCAGUCGUGUCCAAAGGAGGAUUCAGACAAAUUUCCGAACUUUCUGGUUGGUUUCUACUGUCUGAUAUUGUAGCACACUAACUUUGUUUGGGCUCAUGAACGACACGGUGGAGCAGCAUCUACCUCACAACCAAUCAGGUUGGGGGAGGCGAAGAAUGUCUUUGUUUACAGUUAGAAAGAGCGGACCGCUCAAAAAUGUUAAAAUGUGACUACACAGACAUAAGAGAACACAGUGAUAUCGUUAUAUUACCAAAUGUCAUCAAUGACUAAUAACUAUUGACUGAUAUUAAAAUCUUUUCUGUUUAUACACCACAAAAAAGAUGCUUUUUUAAUGGUUUCCUGCCUACCCCACCUUUAAGUCCAGUCUUUAUCUUUUCACACUUUUGGCUGUCUACUGUCAUCUAUAUUAAAACAUUUAACUUCAGUUUAAUCAGUCUAUAUAAAUAGGAUUCCUACAGUGUAGUCACCAUGAAAUAAAAAAUAUAAAAAGUAAAUCACUGUGUUUCAGAACGGUUUCUUGCAGGAAUCUUUCAGUGACAAGUGUUUGUAAAGGAUGCAUUGACUGUUCACAACUGAAUACAUCUAUAUUAUAAUUUCUGCUGUUUGUAAUUGGCCCCCAGCUUUUAUUGAGAUCCAUGAUCCUCAUCUCCCUUUGAUUUUCUCAAAGGCGUCGUAUUCAGUGUGCAGCCACGGAGGAGGAGACGCAGUCAUACUGUGAAGAAUUUCCUUCAUUUGUGCUCGGAGCCCUGGUGCUCAGAGACCGUGCCGCAGUUCACACCAGCUCUUUGUCAGAGGUUCAUUAUGUGCGUCUCACUCUCCAGUGCUUUAGGUUUUUUUUUUUGAACUGCUGCCAGAACAUGUUCGCUGUAAAUGUCCCCUUUGAGGAGCCUUUAAAGUAGCUGCCCGUGUUUUGAGUUGUUCGACUUGGUGUGAAAGACUUCAAAACGAGUCGAUUUUUACGUCUCACCCUUUCUUUCUUGUAGUCGUGCAGCAGAAGGUAACUCUGUUGGGGAUCAUUUAGAAACCUGUAUAUCAAGCAUUUUUCUUCAAGGAAAACUCCUGUCAGGACAACUACAGCAAGUGUUUGAUGGCAGCAAUGACUUCACAGUGAGCUUAUCAGCUCUACUAUAAUGUUUGACCACAGUGGGAAGAACUCUGCUUUUUAUUUGGUGCCUCUUUGCUCUGCAGGCCUUGACCUCUAAUUUCCAGGUGUAUGAUCAGAUACCAGAGAGGAGAGGACUCAAUAUGUACCUGCUGCUCAGGUUUUAUCGAUGAAACCACACUAAAUUGGGUCCAAAGUACAAGCCCGCAUGGAUCACAGUUGUUAGCUCACAAAUUUACAGUCUAUUGCAGUAGCCCUGAGUGUGUUUCCCUCUUUGAUAGCCUUGGUAUUUGAUUUCCUUUUUGCACUCUGUUGCUUCGCUGUGUAUUCAGCAGGGUUAUUGAAGGUGCACAGCCUGUCUGGAUGUUGAGAAAUGAUCCCUUUUACCUGUUCAGUGCUGUAUUAUUCAUAAACUACCUCGCAAUAUAGACACAGUGAUGAAACACAACAUGCAUUCUUUGUCCUCAAGGAUUUGAGUCAUUUAUAAGAAACACUGCAUCCUUUUUAGCAUCCUCGCAGUGAACAUUUGUUUAAGGUAUAAUUCACAGAUUUGAGUUUUGCUCCUGAAAACAGGCAAAGACCAGAUUAAACCCACUCAUUAGCUGCUCCACUGUUGUGUGUGAAAAGAGACACAGUAUGAUAUGAGGUUUAUAACAACUCCUGCAACACAGAGGUGUGAAAGAAUCACACACAGACUUGUUAUAACUAAAAAAGGUUGUAAAAGCUGAAAUUGAUGUGAUAUUUUUCCCAGAUUUGUUACAACUUCCAUUUUUUCAUGUGUCUUUGAGUGUUAUUACACCGCCUUCUUGGCACCAGUAUUCAAGCAGCUCAGUCUGGUUUGACGGCUUGUCACAUGAUCCUAAAUCGGCCCCUCAGUCAUUUACCAUCAUUAUGAUUUAAUACGCUGGAGUAGAAUUGCUUUCAUUGAUGCAGAGUAGCUGACAUGAGGGAGCAUUUGCAGCAUUUGUAAUGGGGUUUGUAGUGUAAUUUGGAGUGGUCUUCUAAUUUUUCUCUGAGCUGCAUAUCGGUUUAAUUGUACAAUCAAUUUUUUGGAACAGGAUUUGGAUCCAAAUAUUUAAUCCUUGUCAUAAGUUGUGCAUGUUUUUAUGUUUAUUUCAGGCUAUGAGGACUCUGGUCAUGACCAGCAUGCCCACUGAGUAAGUACCCCAAACAUUUUAUUCUUCUAGAUGAGAUUACUCCCAUUUAUUUUAACGGAUUAUGGUUCUAAAAAGACAACAAAAGCCUGGUUUGAUGGUUCGUGUUUGCCUCUUUCUUGUUCUGAUCUCCUCUUUUAGGAAGCAGCAAACUGUGGCUCAGGUGGUCAAAUCACUCGGCGGUUUCUAUAUCGCUGACCAGGUGUGUGAGAGCACGACUCAUGUGGUGUCUGGGAGUCACCGGAGGACCCUCAAUAUUCUGUUGGGUAUAGCUCGUGGCUGCUGGAUCCUCUCCUUUGAAUGGGUACGUAGUUUGGACUUACCAUGGUGAUAUUAGAAACGAAUAUGAUAGGAUAUAAUAUAUAAAUAUAUAUAUUUCGUGCAGAUUCUCUGGUGUUUAGAGCAACGACAGUGGAUCCCAGAGGAGCCAUAUGAGCUUUCAGACCAGUUUCCUGCAGCACAGGUCAGUGCCAGUACUAGUAUCUGUGACAAUGCAAAUGCAACAGCGUUAAACUUUGCCAUAAGCCGGACUCUGUUUGUAUUAUAAAUUGCAUAAAAUUCGAUAACAUGAAAUUAACAAGUAGUGUCAUUAAAUAAACGUAGGCUGUAAAGUGAAUAUGGGAUAAAUUCGGGCAGUUUUACACCUAAAGAAGUGUCAGGUUUAUCCUCCUUACAUUUACCAGCCUCAAAAUAUCCUUUUUUCCCACCAAAAAACUAACAGAGACUCGUAAAACUAGAGUUCAGGAAGUUAGAGGGAAACCUGCUAAUUUUUAUUGCCGGUCAUUCAUUUUCAGUCCGCUUGUUUUUCCUGAAGCAUCCUGUGUGAAUUGGGAACGUUGCCUCUUCCUGAACUUGUCAUUUAUGAAUCUCUGUCCUCUCCUGUCGCUGCGAGGGGAGACACACGGGGUCUCGAUGCAGACAAAUGACAACACAUUUCCUCUUGCAGUUACAUGAUGUCUUUUGUUGUGACAGACAAAGUAUUUUAACGUCCCCACGGCCUUUUGUCAUGUCUUUUCUCUAACUGGAAUGACCGGAAUACACGCUGCCCUGUCUUCUUCUGCAAGUUUUGUUGCUCUUUUACAGCCUGGUGUUGCCUUCAGCUCAGUCACUCAGUCAGUAUCAGACUGGUAGAAAAAGGUUUUAGUCUGCAACAAGUGAGUUUCAAAACCCAAGCCUACAUGUCACAGGUAGUCAGCAUGUCGAGGUGUUUAAAAGUUAACUCUUUGUUACCAUGGUGACUACACUGUGACAAUCCUUUUAUUUUUGUGCGUUGGAUCAUCACUUACAGUGUAAAAUAUAAAGGCAGUGACAGUGUUUGGAUUGACAGGAUUUUAAAGAUAAUUGGAUCAGUUACUCUAACUUGAUUGUUAUGUAAACAAUUAGCUGAAUUAGCCGGUAACAGCAGGGCUUGACACUAACUUUUUCCACAAGGGGCACAUGUGCUCCUAAGUUGUUGAAAAAGUAAGGAGCACACAAAGAACUUUAGGGGCACAAUGAAAAUUGUUCAAAUAAUGUUUGUCUUAUUGGUCGACAUAAGUUCUAUUAUUUGAAAUCAAUUUUAGGUCUUUUGGUCACAUGACAUGGAAGCUAUUGAAGGAAAACAGCCUUAUUUGAGAACAUAAUUUAUUGAUGGUCCCUUAUUCAACAUCCAACGUUGACAGCGAGGACGCAGAGUAGAUUUAACCGCACUGCUGUUGUUAUUCCCGGUUAUGGAGAGUGAGAAGUUACCGGUAGAUCCGCAGUGAAUGUCCAUUGAAUAUCCAACCUAAAACUAACUUCACUGCCGUAUUUACAUGAAAAAACAUUUGUUGCCUCAGCUGAUUUUUUUUAUGCGCACGUGCCCCUAAAUAUAUUUUACAAUUCGCACACAUCUAUUUUUAGUCGCAAAUGCGAGUGAAACGGUCGCACUGUCGAGCCCUGAACAGACCUUCCCAUUCUUUGUUUUAUCCCAAAAUAGUUUCUCGAUUUAUCCUUGUGCUCUCACAACGUUUACUUCACAAAGCAUAUUGCCCUAAUGAAAGUGAGUUGCAGACAUGCUUAUAAAGCUCCUUAGAUUAGUGCAGUUUGUUCAUGUUUUGCAUCUGAUCGUUAAGAUGAGCUCCACUCUCUGCUGUGCUGAGCUGCACUGUGCACUCUCUCUUUGAAGGAGCGAAGUGGAGAGAAGGACUCUUCUAACCAGUGAUCAAUGCUAUACAAAGCAAAAGCAGCCUGUUCAAUGACAUUCAAUGGGACAUUUCAUCCUUUGCUAGUGCAUCAUGGAUUCAGAAGUGUCUUCUUUCUUAUUUGCACAGAUUUUGUGAUCAGGAAUCAGACCUUGAGUUUCAUUUUAAACUGUUUUGUAUCCUCAGAAGAAAAUACAAAAAAAGAGAAAACUUAAAAGUUUGUAGAAUUUUUAUUUGUUCUGGAAAAUAUAAAAAAAUAACCACUAACAAAUGUGAUGAUCUGGCAUUUGUUAUCCUCCAAGCAUGUCAUAGUUAUGGUACAAAAACAGGACUCGGUCAUUCGGUUUUCAGGCUCCUUUCUCUGUGGUUGUGUCUUUUCAACUCCUUCCUAUUAGAGCGUCACAGUCACAAACACUAAAAUCCAGUAAAUGCAAAUCCAGUCUUCCUCAGGGACACAGGACAUAAAUAAAAGGAGCAAAUCCCUAAAAGACUGUAAAAUGAUCACCAUGUAUUAGCAUUAGAAAAGUAACUGCAAAAAUAUAUUAACAGGAUUCCUCUUAGUUUGUGUGCAAUGAAAUAGCCCUCAGGAUCUGUAACAAACCUCUGUCAUUAUAAAAAUGUUAAAUAUCUGACUAAAAAAAUCUACAUAUAAAUUAAACAACAAAUACAUACAUAGACUCUCUAAAAAGAAACAUUUUCUGUCUUUUUUACAUUUGCAUUUACAUUUUUAACAUCAGAUAGAACAUUUUUUGAGCACAUGUAACAAAUACUUAAAUCCAGUUGUUUGUCUGCAUGUUGUACCAUAGCCCCUCUUUUUUAUCAUGUCACUGACAGCUUGAUUUAAAUCUUGUUAACUGGAUCUCCACAUUGUUGUAAAAGUGCCCAUGAAAUUAAUUCACUAACUAUGGCCUGUCCUGUCAGCUUAUCUAGCUGACAUUCAAAAACUUUAUAGGUGCGUAUUUACUAACUACAAUCUUCAGUGGAAACAUUUUUGUAAUAGUCCACAGUUUAAAAAAAAACAGAAACCACAAAAAUGCACAAAAUCCUUGAAUGGUGAAGUAUUGUCUCAAGUGCUUUGGCUCCCUUGAUAUUUUAUUUAUUAAUUUUUGGUGAAGUUGUUGUUUGUUGAGUCUGUGAAUGUCCUCAGACUGUCCAAUCCUGGAGUUUCUUUUUUCAAAGGGAGCCCGAGAAGUCUGCAGGUCUGAUCAUCAUCAUAGUGGACUUCAGCGAAUAGCCCGAGCCUUUCCAGUAGUACCAUUUGACUCCGUUGAAGCGGUUUGAGUUUUGGCCUUGUUGGUAAUACAUCCCAUUCAAAUUGGAUGGACCGCAGGCGUCGAACCACCAACCUACGACAUCAAAACAAAUAUGAUCAUUAUCAGACAAAUGAAUAUUAAACCACCUAAAUACUCCUUUGUGCCCAUCAUGACUAAAACGUUAAAGGGAUAUUCCGGCGUAAAAUUAAUUUAGGGUCAAACACACCAUAACACCGAGUUAGACAUCCCCUCGAAAGAUGAAUGUUAUCGACUGCUUGCUUCUCUAGUUAUACCUAUGUGUUUAACCAUAGCUUAAUUUUACGCCGGAUUAUCCCUUUAAUACUCCUUUGUGCCCAUUGUGACUAAAAUGUGAAGGGCUCUUCCUCUUACUUUGUUGUCCUCUUCUGCAAUAUGUGCAGCCCUUGGUUUUUAUAUGGUUACCUGUUUUUAGGAAGGGGCUAUGUUGAGGAUUUACUGGUGAUCAUUAGAGGGCAAAGCUUGAGGAAAAACUCCAGUAUUAAAAAAUUUAAGGCGACUCUCAGGGCUGAACUAUUCUGAGGUUAAGUUUUUAAGGUUUUCCAGUUUGCAUACCCGUGAAUUAAGAUAGCUUUGAAGCUACUGAAGCUCAAAAUAUGAAUUCAAAUUGAGUCUGCUUUCACUCCUGUAAAACCUCCACCUUUGAAGAUAAUAAGCUGUAACAUUUGCUGCACACAGACAGGUUAGUGUAUCCAGGUUUCAUUGAUGAUUGAAUCUUUUUUUUUUUUUUUUUUUGCCAUAACGAGUUUCCGCUUUCACGUAAUGAAAAGCAUUAAAUUAAAUUUUCUGUCGUGUUGUUUUAGCAGCUCACGCUCACAGAAUGACAUGCCAUUGCACAUUACAAGCAGCUGUGUCUCCGUCUUGAGGCAGUUAUUUCAAAUAUAGAGGUGCUGAAUUUGAAGCGACAGCCAAAUUGCUACACUCGUACGCCUUUUUUUGUCAAACACGCAGGGUACAAGCACCCAUUCAGUUUUAGGGUUUCAAAUUUUCACUUCAUUUUAGUGUAUGCUGAGGUGAUACAUGCACAAGAUCGCAACCAGGUUUAUCACAGAGUAGAUUUGAGGAAAAGUUGAAGACUUUGUUUCGGUGUACAACAAUAAAAUGUGUAUAAAAAAGAAAAGCAUUCAUACAGCAAUCAAUAAAGGAAUAUUCUAUUCUUCUUUUCUUCUACAGCAGUACCACCACUUUCGAAGAACCUUGAAAAUAAUAUAUCUGCGAUGUUUAGAGACUCUGGGACUUGGUUGGGGUCUGUGUCAGGUGUGAAGCUGGUGGCAUAAGGGAGGAAACUUUUCUUGUGUUUUGAAGUUUUGGUCUUGAUGGACAGCAGCCUCAAAGACUCCGUAUCAGUCAGUUGCCAUAACUCUUUAAGAAGUCUAAAGACUGUAGAUACGUGUGUUUGUUCAGUAGGCUGUCAAAUGUACUUGAAAGGAAUAGCAUGAUCAACUAUAUCUCUGCUUUUCUAAAUAAUUGGUGUAAAAGCUGUGAACAGGGCAGGCGAGAGAGAGAGAGGAGGAGCCCUGCAGUUUGAGACCCCUGGUUUAUAAGUUUAUGGUUUUAUUGUAGUUUAAAGUUUUCUUUUUCUUUUGUUGUUGUCAUUUUAUUGACAGAUCUGACUUUAGAUUAAAUCAAGAGGAGCCUUUUGAAUGAAUGGUACAAUAUAUAAGUGUACUUGGAAGCAGAAUCAAGGAUUUUUAUUCAGAACGUCAUCUGUAGUGUGGUCACGUUGAACUGCAGAUGGCGGAUCACAAAGACAGGGGCAGGGCUGUUGUUUUGUUUUUACUUUAUAUGGGCAGUGGGAGUAAGAGGGUAAGCUUGGUUGUGACGGCCCUGCUGUAGUUACUCUUCGGCCCAGCUAUGCCUCACCUGUCCUGGCUCCAGGAGAUACCUGAGUGUUGUUGAUAGCAGCAGCAGGGUUGAAAGCCAAACCCUGCUGCUGCCCGAUCUCUCGUUUAGCUGAACCCACUCCAGCCUUCGCAUUUUGUCUUUGUUUGUUUCGCUGGACGACACCCCACGCUUCAUCAUCACAUUCACACCACUGACUGAACUGACUAACACACUCCAUGUUUUGUAGCUGAUUGAUCAUUUGGUUUACUUCUUUGCAAUAAACAACCCACAUUUGUGAGUAUUUCCUGUGUCCUUCCCAUAUUUGUCACGGUCCUUGAGCCAGGUUAUGACAGGGUCAACAUAUUUUUGGUUUAACACUAUUUUCUUUGAUUGCUGUGAUUACUUUGGUUAUGAUUUUCGGCAUGUUAUCUUGAGUUGGUUGAUUAAAGGUCGGUGUUAUCUGGGAUCUCUGUGAUUUUAUUUGUCAAUCGAGUCAUGAAAGAUUAGGCUUAUUUUUUUUACUGCAAGUCUUUUGUGGAUUUUGGUUGACACUUGAUUAGAGAGAUGCUGAUUCAGCGUAAAGGGAUAUUCUGACGUAAAAUUAAGUAAGGGUCAAACACACAGUAACACAGAGUUAGACACCCUGUCGAGAGAUGGAUGUUGCAGACCGUUUGCUUCUCUAGUUAUACCAACUUUUGUAACGACCACAUGAUAGCAAUACAGAGAGCCAAGCACUCAACCAAAAAGCCACUCUAUAGCCACAAAUAAUGCUUAGAACAGCAUGGCAGGGUCCCAGACAUUGUACUGGCCACCAAACAUCUUUUUAACUUUGCCUAAUUUCUUUAGCAAAAAGACUAAACACAACUCACCUACUCUCUUCCAGCAGCUGCUUGUUUGUAGCAAGACCUCGGGUCAGUCCAUUACGAACUACUAUGGGGUGCCGCAGCUCAAGGAAGAACAUUUAUGAUAAUUUAUUCAUGGAAAUGCAAUCAGAUCGAGACAAGUAAAUGAUAGGAAAUCAUAAAGUAAUGAUCAUAAAUGUUCUUCUUUGAGCUGUGUCACCCCGCUGUAGUCUGUAAUGGACUGGCCCAAGGUCCGUUUUGGUUGAGGUUUGUUUGUGGCUCCUCAGACAGCUGUGUAUUGCUAUCGUGUGGUCGUCACUAAAGUUGGUAUAACUAGAGAAGCAAGCGGUCGGCAACAUUUAUCUCUUGAUGGGGGUGUCUAACUCGGUGUUAAGGUGUAUUUGACCCUAACUUAAUUUAACGCCAGAAUAUCCCUUUAACGGGAUGAAAAAGAUUAUAUUGAUUUACCAUUACAUUUAUAAAAGUGGGUCACGAUCAUUGCAACAGAAUUGAAGACAUUCAACAAAUUAAAGUCUGAUUUUCAGUUGUGUUAUACUGCUGCAGGCUUAUGUGGCUCCACGCCGAAUUGAGUAAAAAUCUGGUGAACUCGCUUCUUUCUGAGUCAUUUUCUUAAACAUUUUGGCAAAUGUACUGAUUCAAAAGCCAAACAAACGCUUUAAAGGGCUUCCCCGUAUUAGUAGUAAUACCCCCGCAAGCUUUAAAAAGAUCUAAAUUGCUGAGCUCCUCCUGUUCAAACAUAGUUAGCGGCUGAUUUGAUGGAAGAAGCACUUUACUAGCAGGUGUAUUUAAUAUUUUUUUAGCCAUCAUGUAAUGAUUAACUACCGUCUUUUUGACUGUUUUUCAUCCAAAAUAUGUGGUUUCAAACUCCUAAUGACAGAUCCUACUUUCCUCUGUUUACUGGACGAGUGCCACUCAGUCACAAUUGAGCAUAAUGUGCAAAUGGAGUCCCCUGUGGGAGACCCCUCAUGGGAAAAAAGGGAUAGGCUAAGAGCUUUCAUGCUUUCGUGCUCACUUGGCAGACCCUGAUGCAGAGCGAGACAAACUUCUGGCAGCCGAGUCACUUUCAGCGGAAUGGAGGAGGACUUUUAAACAACAAGAGGAGAGAGGGAAAAGCUCUGUUCCCAGGCUAUUAAUGUCAGCUAUUGUAGGAGCUGAAUUCCCCAAUGAGUUCAUCAUGAUUAACUCGGAGCUAAUUGUGCUCUUUGACCUGGCCACAAAAGUACGGGAGCGUGAAAAAAAUGCCCUUGAAGAUUUUUUUUGGAGGAAGUGCCAAAGUUUGUUUGAGCAGGAAUUUUCUUUCGAUCGAGUGCUGUGACAGGCUGACGUGGCUACUGUAGUUUUUUGACGCGUGUAGAUAUCCAGAAGAGUUUAGUUCCUUACCCCCUGUUGUCAGCUGCGAACAUUUGCAAACACAUCUGUCGUUGUCUGCAUCCUUUGUACUGAAAUCACUUCCCGGCUGCCCGAUGCUGCUUAUUUUGCCUGCUGUUCCACUGAAACCUUUAAGGUGUAUCCUGUAAAGCGAAAAAAAAGGAAAAAUGAAGGAAGAGGAGGAGGAAGUCUGUGAUUGCUGUUCCUCAAAAGGCAGCAUCCUACACAUUUCUACUCUACUUUGGCCAAAGCUUCACUUCUAAAGACCUAAAAUGGGAUCUGGCAGAUGUCGGGGAGCUAUUUGCAUCGCACACUUACACUGUUACCUCAUUUUUGGGUUGUUGUUUUUCUCUGCCGUGCUUGAUGUCCAUAAUCCGCUUACUGAUUUUAUUUGAUCUUGCUGAACUUUUGCAGCGCUUUGGGGUAGACUUUAGACUUUAGAGUAGGACUGAGGUUAAUUGGAACAUUUUAAAGUCUGUCUUUCAAAGGAGUUAUCCACCGCAGUCCAAACUUCAAAAGUUUAAAAAAAGAAAAUACCCCCAAAGGUUGUGUUAUUGUCAAAAGGUGCUGACAGUAUGCCUGAAAUCCAAGACAUUUCAUGAAUUUCCUAUUUUUCAAACACGCUCUGCUUUUAUGACAUUUUCUUUGGGCUGAUGCCAGUACUUUCAUAUCAGGAAGUCUUUUGCAGAAAUGUAGGAGUUUCUACAGUUUGUUUUGCUUUUAAAUUUUAGUCGGAGGUCAGCGUGUAGGAUCAUGGGAUGAGUCUUUAAAAGGUGGUUUUUGGAAGCGAAACAUUUACGAUGCAGACGAGGGGGCAGGAAUACUCCCUUUUAAUACAUGAUUGAAACUCAGUGGAAAAUAACCACAAGCGCUGUCUGUGUUUUCAUCAACAUGCUCUCAUCAUUGAACAAAUUGUAAAGAAUAAGCCUAAUUCUACUUAAUUAUUCCACUUCAUUCUUCCCUCUAAUUGAAGCACUUAAAAACAGGUGCAGGCAGCGAUUCAGACGUAUCAGGACAUAGAAAUAUAAAAUGUUGUGAGUGAACUACAUCAAACUCCAUGUGAGCCCCUCUAGAAAUGAUGCUUCAGAGAAAAUCUGCGUUUAUUGAAUUGAUGUGUCGAUUAUUAAAAUAGCUGCCCGUGCUUUCACAUCUGUCUCCGACAUAUUAACACGAUUUAAAACUUCAUUAAAUUGAAAAGACAGUUGGGCUUACAUUUCAAGGUCUUUCCAACUGGAUGAUGUUAUUUCUUUAGAAAGUUAUAUGUGCUGCUACUGGAAGGAACCAUGUAUGAUAUCUUCACUUCAUUUUAAAACUUUAGCUGAACUUUACUGACAAUUUCCACAAAAUUAAAUGUCACAUUUCACUCCAAGUAUUUGUAGAUGGUUUUGAGCUUUUUCACCGCUCAUGGCUUCAGAUUUAAGAAAUCAUGUAGUCUUUACAAGCUUUAUAAAACGGCCUUUAUAACCUCAGGACUUGCAUUUUAUUAUAAUUCAGAACGAUGUCUCCAGUAUUUGGAAAACUGCAACUUUCUUGUUCUCCUAAACUUUAUUUCUCAUUGAUCAGAGCUGCUCAUGAUGAAGUGAAAGUGAGAGCUGUUUGAGAGGAGGCGCAGCGCCCACACUCAGCUGUUUGGCGUGCUUCAUUCAAUGUAUAGGAUGCAAUGGGAGCAACACAGCAGACUGAACAAUAGCCUUGCCACCUCAUAAACAGCCACAACAGUCGGUCGAUUCAGCCUAAUCUGUAAUUAUGCUCAAUAAUCUUUAAGCCUCUAAGUCUUAAUCAGUCUUUGUUCAAUUUGUAAAACCUACAAAUCAGGGAGAGAAAAGCAGCUCGGUGUCAGGAUUAGAUAUGCUAAAUUCUGAUGCUAUAGGUGCAGCCGAUAUGUUUAAUUGUGCACCUUUGUAUAGAGGCUGUUCAAAUCCAACCUGUGGCACUUUGCCAUGUUAUCCUUCACCCUCUCUGCCUUCUCUAUCCACCCUUGAAUCCCAUGAGUAAAAGGUUUUCUUGGCUUUGGGAGCCAGUCUCCAGUAGAUACUAAAAAAAUGACCGUUUUUGUGCUUGACAUUUUUAACACCAGCAGCUGCUGCUUAAUGAGUUCUUCUUCUGGCUAUUUUUGUCUCGCAUAAAUUAGUUUAUUUUUUGAAAAAUGCAAAGUCUUGGGCUCCUAAAAUCUGAUAUGAUAAGAGGGCACUGAUUACAUCUAAAUCUUAAACAGCUAACACUCCACAAAAUGAAGACAUUUCUGUUUGAGUAGCGAUAACUUGCCUGUAAUUCUGUGCCUCACUGUCGAGAGAAAAGAGGUCAUAUUGGGAAAAUCCAGAGUUCCCUUCCCAGUCGCUCAACUGGAUCCUCAGUUUAUAUGACUGUUGAUUUGUCAGCCUGGAGACAAACUCAUUCCCCAACCAGAAUUCACCCAGAGGAUCUCCAAACCCCUGAGAAGACAGAAGAGAUAUGUUCAAGGUCAGACCAUGUUGGCUUAGUACAGUACAUUCUUCAGUCAUCAGCAUACUUUGAAUAUUCCCUGCAGCUUCAUAUAGCUAUUACAAACAUUCACAUUCACAAGGAGAAGUGCAUCAGAAAGUAUGCUGGUAUUAGCAGAGCUUGUACUGCGGAGGGAAUAGCAGAAAUGUCAUGAAUGCUUUUCACUGUAAUGAUUGCUCUGUAGGGACAAGACAAAAGCUUGGAAAUCCUCCCCUUCCCAUUUACUGUCCAUCGAUGCUGGCGACGGUGGUGUUUUUUUCAUGUUGCUCUUUGUUUGUUUAACUUUCAACCAGAGUUAAAACAAGUUCACAAGAAUGUGAGUUGUGCUAGGAUGAAUCUUGAGCUACAAAAAAGUGGCAAAGACUAAAAGUGACUGUAGUUUCUGGAGUGAACAAGAGUCCCGCUGGCAUCAUUUUUUGUUCCAAGUGGAUGGUGGUCACUUGAAAGCUGUUUGUUGGUCGUUAUGGUCAGUCUUUUUCAUCUUCACUCUUUGGUUUUCUUUGCCUCUUACUGAGAGGAAUUACUGGGGCCAGCUCUUUGUUGUCUGCCAAAACCAAAACUAGCCUUGUCUUGUGCUUUUAGGAGAGAAAGCUGUAGCCUAGGUUUUAUCUUUCAAAGGGAAGAAUUUCUUCUUCAUGGCUUUUACCUUUUUGUACUCCUGCCACGUACGGUGAAAGUCAACACUGCCGUCAAAGCGUUUUUGUAGCACUGUCCAGCCUCCUCCUUCUGUCUCCAUGUCGCAGAAAGCCUUCGAACACAAACACAGAGAAAAAAUUCAUAACCAUGUGAAUAAUUUUAAUUUCAACUUUGGCGUCAUUGGUGAGUUUGGUUGAAACAGAUAAGAUGCGUAGAAGGAGUGAAAGUCCAAGUAGAGUCUUCUGAAAGGUAUCUAAGGAGAGUCCAUGUUUGGCUCAAGCAUGAACAUCAUUAAUGGAAGUCUGGGGACAUCUUCAUUCAUCUACUCCAUCCUUAAACACAUCAUUGUUUACUGAGCACUUCCAGAAGUGUGCAGUUUGUUAUUUACAAGGUUAUAUAAGUGUGGAUGGGUUUGUGCGUACUUGUGUGCAUCUUCAACUCCUGAGUCCACGAUGUAGGAGGCUUUUUUUUUAUAGUGUGGUCCAAGUCCAUUGAACAAGCUCACCUUUACUUCUGUUGUAGUGUUGGGUAAUGUAAGAGUGUACACCCCACUCUUUGUGCUCCCUGACUUAAAGACAGCGGCACAGUCCAUAAACGUGGUUGGAGUGUCCUGCAUCAUGGCGGUUUUUGUCUCUGCAGAAGAAGAAACCAGCCUUCGUUUAUGUGACACCAGACAUUUGUACAGCAUUGACAUGUGCCAUCCGUUGAUAAAUUCUCACCAAAAAGUCGCAUUAAUUGCUUCGGCGCUUUGACAGUGAAGCAUUAGGUCAUUAAAGUGUGUUAGCCGCCUUCUGUGCAAUCGAAUACAGCAGCACAACCACACACAAAUGCCUCAAUAAUGAAGAAUUAAGUGCAUCUGCUGGAGGGCCCUUUGACGGGAUUAAUUUGCGCAUGAGUUCAGUUCAGAUUUAUGGAGCAGCCUUUACACGCACUGUUAGACUUUGUACACAUAAGUCAAAGUUGUACACACACGUCAUCACACAGCAGAGUAGAGAGUCACCUCGAGCUGAGCCUGUGGAGAUGGUACGGAUCAGGUUGUUGACGGUGUCCAGGAGCUCCUGCUGCUGAUGCUGCAGUACCGUGUUGUUAGAGGAGACCUUUAGCAGCUGCUGCUCCAGCUCGCCUAUGAUGGCCGUCUGCUUCAGUAUUAAAGUCUGAAGCUGCUGCUUUUCUUCUCGAAGCGUCUUCUGCUCCACCUGCCUCUGCUCCUCCAUGUCCUCCACUUUCUUCUCCAGGAAGCUGAGGAGAAGAAGGCAGAAGGUUCAUGUCUGUGAAGUUCACUUUGUGCAUCACAUCAGUGUUUUGUUUUUUUUUCAGUACAUCUUAAACUUUUAUUUAUGUUUAAACUUUUUGGCUGUCCUCACCUGUUUUUCUCGUUUAACUUGUUGAUUUCAUUUGUUUGGACGAUAAGUUGUUUCUCCAACUUGUUGGUUGACAGAGAAUUUUCCAGAAGUCUGCGCUCAAGUCGAGUUGUAUGAUGUAUAACCUGAAAAGGAAAAAAAAAAACACGAAUCAACUACUGAACUGGACAGCUUUUUAAAAAAAUAACAUGAACCAAAGUGCUAAAAGAAAAUAAAUGCAGCAUAGCGGUAGUUCAGGCAGGUCACGGAGUCAAGCUAAAGGCCACAGUCAGCUGACAGCUCAGGUGAUCGCCCUCUACACAUCCUAUUGGCUAAUGUCAAAAUGGCGCCCUAUUUAAACUGCUUCUCCUGCCUACUCUGCCUGCUGCAACCACUCUGCAGCCCACCUCCACCCCAACUCCUCCAGUUUAUGUUGUGUCUGAUCUUACCAGUGUCAUAUGUGUUGUCACUGAUGCUUGCUCUGUUCUGUGGGGGGAUUUUAAUGUAUUUAUCUUAAUCGUAUUUAUUUGCUGCUGCUUUCUCUGCCUCGGCUUUUCAUGUGUGCACAUGAAAGGGAGGGGAGGAGCUCUCCGCUCGUACAGCUGUGGCAUUCCAUGCAAGCGCAUGGAAGGGCAGGGAACUCUCAGAACAGAGCCAUACCGCCAAUGUAAAAAAUGUUUGCUUGUAAUAAAUAAUUAAUUUUGACUAAAGUGAUCCUGACUGAACAGAAGUAAAAACACAGAAAGACAGAGACCACAUGACCCCCAUACUUGGUUGAAAGCCAAGAAGUAGGGAUGUGCACAUAAAGUUGGUGAAAAGAUUAAACUUCAUCACCUUUGUUGGUGGUACAAAAUAUAAAUCUUUUUAUUCUAGGCCUGAAACUCUGUUGUUUUGAAGCUGAGCUGCAGCCCUCUGCCUCUAGUCGAGGCUGCAGCACUAUUGAUCGCAUCGGCAUCAAAAAUUCAUCUACAACCCAGAUGUGAAGAAGCAUGCAUGCAUCGAUGCCAUCUCUAGCACUGUGUGAUUUGUAUUUUUUAAAGCUGGAUGCAACUCAUGUCUACUUUAACUGGCAUAAAAUCGCUACAAUGCAAGUAGGGAUGGGAAUUGUUACGAUUUUAUCAAUAUCGUUGCCAUUAAAGAUUCUGCUUAUCAGUUCAGUUCUUUAACGAUUCCCUUAUCAAUGCCUUUCUUUGAUUUAAAAAAAAGUAGACUAUAGGUUUUUCCAUGUUAACUCAAAAUUUUAUUGAGUCUUUGAUAACAGAAAAAGAUGUAGUCUAAAAAUAAUUAAAUGACAAACUAUUUGUACAACAUUUACUUUGUUGGUAUUAAGUCAAAUCAGGGUGACCAUACUCUGGAUCUCCAAAAAGAGGACACGGCUACACGGGGUGGAGUCGUGGGUGAGUGUUUUUUACGCGCUUCUAACUCAGUCCACGCUAUACAAACUCAAAACUCCCAUACAAGACUCGUCGUCUUUCUUGAUAAAUGAAGCCACGCUUUAGAUCGUUUCUGCCUACUUUUCGUACCAUCCACCAUGUUUUUUCCUCAAAGUCUCUGCUCUCCUUUGCGUUGACUGCCUCUCACAAGACCGUCUUCCAAAGCACCCGGGAGAAGGAAUCGUUAAGGGAAUCAUUAAAAUGAAAUGUAAACAAUGUCGAUGGAUUGAGCCAUUUGGCACCAGGUCUUGUUGAGAAUUGGUUCUUGAUUUCCAUCUCUAAAUGUAAGUCGAUGUUAACCUGCAAAGAAGACAGGAGGUUGGUGGUGCCGGCUCUGCUAAUGUUAGCCACACUCAGGAAACCAAUCUAACAGUGUUUGCAGACCGAUUGUGUUUGGCUGUUUGUGUUUUCACAUAUUUUUAAAGCUGUGAUUCAAAAGAUGGAAAGGUAGGAGAGGAAACCUGCAACUUGCACUCAAAGUUUUUUUAAUGUAAUAUUGAUUAUUUGUGGAAAAAGACAAAGUUUUCAAGCCCAAAAGUACUUAUGUAACUGAUGAAAAAGUGUGGAAAAAAGCCACUGAACAUCAGUUAUGUUAAAUAACAAAAAAGCCGCAUUUGUGUUGUCAACAAGCAGUUUGUUUGGGUGUUAUGCUCCAUUUCCCAUCAGUGAAUCAAGUUCAACAAAAGCCCAGUUUUCUCUCCUGGGGUGAACAAACAUCCAUCUGCAAAAUGGAAAAUCAUGACAGGAACAACAAAAUUCCGAUACAGCACCUGAACAUGGGAAACAGUGAAAAUCUACCUGUUUUUGAAGAGCCACAUAUUGAACUGCACACUGAGGUUGAGGACCUUGUCUCCAAUUUCCCAUUUUGGAGGAACUGAACUCAGCAAAAAGCAGGUUGUUUACAUAGAUCCCAGCUAUGUGUCUCCAAUGGAGCUGUUGAUGUCUUUGAACAGACGGAUGUGUGAUUGUGACAAACUGAUAGACCCCUUCUGUGGGAAUACGAGUGUGCUAAUAACAGGAAAUGCUGUACAGUUGGCUCACAUAAGGUCAUUGACGUGUAGUCACAAUAAUAAACUGACGCACUCAUGCCUGUUUUUCUCUCUGCCUAUGUUUUCAACUCCCUAAAGCUACAUUAUUUAAUGCAGUUUAUCGCUGAGCACACUGUGAAAAAGAACAUUCGUGUUCAUGCAGUGCAACAACUGACAAACCUGCACCGCAUUUUCAUUUGAGACUCUUAGAUUUAAACGAACUCUUUCUGCUGUAUGGCUUGCACUUUCUUGCAUGUCUUUCCUCUGCAGGUUUCAAGUAUUGUGCACUUGAGACUCACCUGUGCCUCCACAUUUGUCAGUUUUCUUGUUUGCUCUGCAGUUUGACUCAGCAGGUUGGUUCCAAUUUCAAUCAUCGUCGCUGUGUGAUUGUGCACAGCAGUCUGCUGGAGAUGGACCAUGUCAUGCUUCAUGCUGUCUUGGAUGUAGUUCUCCAGCUGCAGUGCAGAUGACAGAAAAUCAGUGUUUGGGCAUUUUAAGACUUGUUAGUUGGUAUCAUUACCCACUGUGCUGGUCACAAAGGGGCCCUGCUUUACAUCUGUGCUACUGAACACAUAGAACGAUGAGUGAUGAGUGCUAUUCACUCUUUUUUAAUCUUGGACAUGAAGCAGUUCUUUUAAGGUUUCAUUGUUCUGACUGAUUUUAUUUCUGGCUUCUUGCUUAUCCUCUGGCUGUGUGAAAGACUUGAUUUUCGUCGGUCACAACUCCACAACAAUGGUGAUUAAUGCUGAUUAGCAGAGACACACACAUCAAGUCUAAUCAAUCUGCAGAAAAGGGGUCUAAGAAUAAGAAUAACUUUAUUUUACCCCUGAAGGGAAAUUCAGUUGUCUUUAGUCUCACUUGUCUAGCACAUUUGUCAAAAUUUGACCACGUGGCAAAAGCAUCAGUUUCUGAUUUUAAGUAUUGGAGUUAUUUUUUAUAUGACUGUCAGUUAUCUGGAGAAAACAAAACUCAAAUUUGAUGGAUGUUGAGCAACAGCAGGGAAAGUUAGAUAAAACGAAAAAAACUGUGGACAAAAGCAAAAGAAAGAGAUAUCAAUCAAAUUGAAGAAAACAGACACCAAAGUAACCACAAACUUCAACACUGUAUGAAGUUUGGCAGCACUAUAGUUUAGUCCUGAUUGGAUUUAGGACAGAAAUUCAAAGAGAUGUCAGUGUUUAGCUUUAUCAAAAAUCAUUUUCAAGCUGAUAAAUUCAUCUUUAAGUAUUAUUUUCACAUUUUUAGUUGGUUUGUAGGUAAUAUGCAGGAUAAUGUAUAAUGAGUCAGGUUGUGAUUUUCAAGAAUUUCAACAGUUGUGAAAUCGUAAAAAUCAAACGGGUUGACUUUUCUCAUCCAAAAAUAUAUAUUUGAGUCAUUUUUAUAAGGACCUGACUAUUAUGAGAUGUAACUGACACAGAGUCUAUAAGCUGUUCUGCAAACUUCUUACUAAUAACAAGGUAACUACAAUUAUGCAGAGUGAGCAAGGCAUCCUAGGAAGAGGGAUUUCUGUUUGAUGAGACGUCAAAUGAUACUGAAUAACACAGUGUCGCAUGCUGAUCAUGGUAAUAGAGACUAAACAUGUGUUGGUAUGUUAGUUGCUUUUUUUUAUAUUGCUACAAAGUUGCUGUAUGCUCUCAUAUUCACUGUUUUUAUGCAAAAAGUGCACAAGACUAUACCUUUGUUAAUCAGUCCUGAAUUAAAAACUCGGUCACAGGUGAAAAGAUUUACCCUCUUAAAUUAAAAAAAGGUUUCCCUGAGGUUUGAAAUGCAAAAUAAUCUAUUUGUAAUUCUUGUUCAUAUUGAGAAAGUUAAUUGCUUUUUUGUUCAUGUCAUUCUGAGUCAUGACCUUACACAGGUCUGACAUAACCAUACCCAUAUGGAAAAAUACUAAGAUUCAAAGCAUGCGAUAGGUGCUCUGUGGGUGAGCACGGGUCUCUGCUCUAUCUUUAUGAGACGCGUUCCGAUCUACCUUACAGUAUUUCCAUAUUUAGAUCAAGACCAAUCAUUAAGUUAUUUCCUGCACGAUGUUCCUGAGCGGCAAUCAGGUCACACGACUCGUAAACAGGAUGGAUGUGUUGAGUGAGAAGUUACAUCCUUCAUGGCGGUACAACAUCUGUGUACAACCGGACACCGACGUCACAUUUGUUAUUUGUUAAUCAGUCAGAAAUGCACAAAAACAGCCGAUUAUUGUAUUAUUUUCUUGUGGUGUGUAAAAAGUAGCGUCCACAAUCAGUGCUGAUUUUGUUUGUCUUCCUUUCAAGACUCCUGGUGUGUUUAUGUUCUUGGAUACACACCGGGAUGUGUGCGAGGUGGAAGCUUUUCAUUUAGAUUGCUGGCAGGAUUUCCCAUUGACAGUCUAUGAUCUAAUCAGUUGUUUACUCCAUGUGUCUCUAAGGCGUCAGUAACUGGGAUGACUGUGUUCCUCAUUCACAUGAGAGCGCAACAACAGAUCCCCUUCCUCUUUUGUCACCGGCUGAGAAAGUUGCACCUGAUGGGAGUCUGUGUCACUGAUUUCAGACAUUUAAAUAACCUUGAAAAGUCUAUGACAAUGUUUGUCUUCUGCAGACAUCCUGAAAGUUGUUAUCUAAAGCAUAACGCAGUUAUUUAAGCUUUAAGAGUCAGUCUGGUUCUUCUAAAUUAGGAGGAAGUAACUUUUUUCUAAUCAUUUCCAGACACUUAUUAUACUGUGAACUCUUUAAAUUGAUGUUUUAACUAGGGCCCAACCGAUAUGGAUUUUUGGGGGCUGAUGCCACUACCGAUUAUUGGGGGGGGUUUCUGAUUACUGAUUAAUCGGCCGAUUUUUUAAAAUUUUUUAUGAAGUUAUAAAAAAUAUAUAUAUACUGUAGAUAUACUGUAGGCGACUGCUCUUCACGCCGACAAGAAGACUGAGUGAUCAAACUUGGAACAGAAAAGCGUUUUCAACUACCGUUUACCCGGCGUGACUGAGACCAGCACAGCAGGGAACAUUGUAGAAUAAACAACAGUACACAUUACGUGAUCGAGUUACUUCUCUUACUGAAGCAGCUGCAUGUGUCCAGAUGAGACCGGACCGGAAAUGAGGGAUGUGAGUUACUCCGAAUCUUAUUUCCUGCAUUUUUUUUUUUAAAUAUCGGCGAGUUUUCACUGGUUACCGAUUAGUCUCUGAUUUAAUCAGCUCGCCGAUGCAUCGGUCGUGCCCUAGUUUUAACUUGUAUAUCAUCAAUCAAAUUAAUGUACCUGCUUUCUUAUCCACUAAAUGGAAAUGAAACAUCUCUAUCUUCUCGUUAAAGUAGUUUGCCAUACAACUACAAAUAUUAGAUAAAAAGAAGUAGUUACUCUAACAGGCUUGAAAGUUCUGGGAAAACUUUAUUUCAUGUUUUUCUGGGUCACUCUGAUAUCGAUGGUCAUUGCACGUUCACUGAUAGACCUUAACAAUGGCUAUUUUCUCGCCUUUGUUAAUCCAGAGCAGUCAUAAGAUAUGACGUUGAAAAACGUGGGAAUAUGCUCUAAACUUUUUUCUGCUAUCAGGUCUCAUGAGUGCUGUGAAGAAAAAUGACAUAUUCUCUCACACCAGCUUCAUCCUGGAAAAAAUGAGUUGUAUUUCAGGAACUGAACCUGUCACACUUGGGCAGUGACACUGAAUAAUAAGACAUGUUGAUCUAGCUGAAGGAGCAAGAUCAUUCUUUUUAAAGUAUGGUCCUGUCAAAUUUUGAUUGAAGUGCAAUUUUAGCCAAAAAUAGGACAAUAAUGAAGUUCCCAUCAAAAUGGAGGUGGGAGUGGAGCUAAAAUGCUGCUUUCUCUACGACUCAGAUACAGAAAGGAAGGGAUUAUGACGUUUUGGGUAGAAAAAGGCAGAGCAAUUUUCAUGACUCGUCAACAGUCGCCCAUGAAUUAUUCAAAACGCUCAAAUUUAUCUAGAGUACGUAUAAAAAGAUAACAAUGUCAGUGGUUGAGGUCAUCGUGUCUUAUUAUGCAGGAUGCCUAUGAGUACGUUGAUGCAGGCCGAGCUAAAUACAUUGUGACACCUCAUUAAUCAUCAGCACCUCUUGGCUUGUUAGAAGUAUGGACUUGGUGAAAUGUCCCCUUGUGCUGCGAACAGGCUUUUGUUUCUGAGGCAGCACUUUGGCAGUUGUCUGCCUGUGAGCGCGGUUAGUUACGGAGUAGAUCAUAAAGAGCUUCAGAGCGGCGUGCCCUCUGCGCUCUCCUGUGGAAAACAUCAGAGCUUGUUUUAUGUUGAGGAGCAGGAACUGAGUGAUCAAGCUGUGAGAUGUUCCUGUCUUGUCUGUCCCUCCUUGUGAAGCCCUGAUCGGUAAUUACCGAAGAAGAAAAAGAAGGAAGGAAAGAAAGAAAGAUGUAGUCCACUUCAUUCAGUCUUCACAAGUAAUGGCUCAGCAAACUGAAAGGAAGCAUGCGUCCCUCGUCUGGACACCUGUGUCGAGUCUUUGUAAGUCUUCAAGCCCAUUAACUAAUCAAUACAGAGACAUAUCCUCAUAUUGUCUUAAUGGAAAUGGAUCCCUAAAGCCUCUGCCUGAAAGGAGAGAGCUUUUUAUGAAAUGAAUAUGGCUGGUUUUUUCACAUCCAGCUAUCUUACAUGAAAGUUUACUCACUCAAACUUGUCUUUUGUUGAGCUGAAAACUUUCAUUAGUCUUAUCUUCUGGUCUUGGUCAGUCCUGACUCACACCUCACAAAUGCAUACUCUAUUAUAUUUUUGAAUUCCCUUAUUUUGAGACAGCAGUUUCUGUUUCAAACUGGAGGGAACAGAAACAUAAACUGCCUGACUGAUGUUGGCCUGAACACAAAAAGAGUUUGUGUUUUGGUAUGAGUCUGAGAAACUUGCACAUCACGUGGAAACAAAAUUAGCAGCUACCCCAGAUUUUUUUUUUUUUUUUUUUUUUUUUUUUUAGAGUCUGAAAAACAUGUUGGGAGUGAGUCUAUAAUUUAGUUUGUUUGUGUUCCUGAAACUGAAGAACAGAAUAUUAAUACUCAAACAAAAGUUUAAAGCUCCUUGAAGUGUCCUGCGUUUUUUACUCAAGGCAGUAUAACAGUGUGUCGGGGUCUUUUCACAUAUUUAAGUUGUAUUUCAUGCAGAACAUGUUGAAUCUGCUCAUAUACAAUAUACAGUUUGUUGUAUGGGAGAAAAAACUGCAAUUUUAAAUCAAUUUUUAUGUUCAAAAAUUGAUUUUUUUUCAAAUAUAAGAAUAACUCUUCAAAACUGACUUACAUGUGAUGUGAAAUUUGGUUCCUGGAAUAGUUAGUAGACAAUCAUAAUCAUUCAACUGUUUCACUGGUGUUAAAAAUGCAGAUUAAAAAUCUGGAAAAUCGUCAAUAUUGUAGAAUCGCAAUUUAAACCGAAUUGGCAUCUAAAAAAUCGUAGAAGAAUCGAAUCGAGAGAAAAGCAUAUCGUCCCAGCCCUAGUAUGUUGUUUAUGUUUUUACUUGCAUGUGACUUUUUACUGUCUUGAGGAUUUCUUGAAAUUUUUUGUUUGUUUUAAUUAUUAACAUUAUCAGAGGGGUGCUAAAUAAUGCCAGAACUUUGGUUCAAGAUAUUUUUCCUGAAGGGAUGAUAAAGUGUAAUAUCCCAUUAAAUUACAUGACACAGGCCUAUUUUGUGGUACAAUUUAACUUUGUAGCAUAUCAUUAAAUAUAGUUUCAUUUCAUAUCAUUUCCUGCGGUAUUGUAUCUUACCAUAUCAUAUUAUAUUCUGUCAUAUUGCGCUGUAUAAUUUUGUAUUUUAUUGUAUUAAUUUGUAUUAUUUGAUAUACUUUUUAGUGUUGUUUCAUAAAGUAUCAUAUCUCAACAUAUCGUAUCGUAAUGUAUCGAAUCGUAUCGUUAACAUUGUAUCAAAUCAUAUACUUUUUCAUUUUGUUUCAUAUGGCACAUCAUACUCAACUGUAUCAUAUUGGGCCUAAUUGUAUCAUAUCAUAUUAAAUCGUUCAGCGUUGUAUCUAUUUGUAUCGCACCAUAUUGUAUUGUAUCAUAUUGUCACAUAUUGCAUCACACCAGAUUUGUAUAGUUUAGAGAGUAGUUUCAUUUAAAGCUUCUACUGUCUUUAGUUUAAAAAAUCUGAUAUGAAGUUUUUAAAAAAUCACAGUGACAUCUGGGUUUGUUCAAGUGCAACAUAUCAUCAGGGCUUGUUUCAAAAACCACAUAACACUUGUCUAUAGUUUGUCCUUGGAGACCGUCCCUCUCCCGUCAUAGAAACAGAAACAAUCAUAGUCUGUGUGUUAUACAGUCAAGUGUGACAUAACCUUACCUUCAGCAGCCACUGUGUGUUGUUCUCCAUGGUCAUCUCCAGCUGUUCCAGCCUCUGAGCCGACUCGGUGUUCUCCACAGGCCCAUCCUUUUGUACGGGAUGGUUGUAGUCGCUGCUCUGGGUUUGGCAGUAAUCCUGCUCAGGCAGCAGAAAGGUGUAGCUGCACGGCCCGUUCUGGAUCUGAUACUGUCUCUUACCUGCAGCACUGUAUCCUGUCCCCAUACCGAGGCAAAAACUUAAAACUAACAAGUCCACAUUCAGCAUCUUCAUAGCAAGGCUGUUUACCCAAAGGUUAAGUGAGUGCAGCUGUAACUUCUUGGGUUUUCUGUAACUUUCCCUCAGUGAUAGGGCGCCUUUCCCAAACAGCAUCCAAGUGUAAAAAAGUCCUCUUGAGAUUCCUUUUAUUCCCUCUCAGUGGUAGGAGGAGAAAAAGCCAUCAGGAAUUAGAGCUGGUGUGUCAUUCCCUCAGGUUACCGGUGCCAGACUGCAUGUGCUCGCUUUUCAUCAAGCCCCCGACCACUUGUUUGAGCUCCCCGUGGCCCCCCUCUGAUUAGCUAACUGUGAGUUUAAAACCACUCCCCUCCUCUCGCUGUGGCCAGUCACUGUGAAGAGCACUGAAGUGGAGAUUCCUUUCAGCGCACACACUAAACAACACAGAGGAGCAGAUGUACAAACUACACACACUUCACUAUAUCCUCUACGACGGCCACGUGUUUUUUCUCUGCUCUGUUUGAGGGGGGAAAAAAAGCUCCUCAGGAUGCAGCUGUCCACCUUCAGCACACUCUGUGAUAGUAGCCGCGUCCAUCCCAUUCAUUCAAGAAUGUUUCCCGGUCAAUGACAAAGCAUCCUUGAAUGAGGGAUUCAAAGGGAAGAGGCCUUGUUUAAAUGCUUUUUUCUCCGUUCACCCAAUUUUUCUGCUCUAGCGUGCAGAUUGAAAUCAAAGGCAGAAAUGACUGAUUGAAAUGUCAUUCUCCUCAGACAGUCUCAUCUAUCUUUUCUCUCUUUUUAAAUCAUAUAAAACAGUCAGGUCUUUGCUCAGGGCUCAGUGUCCUCAAAGUCUAAAAUACUUUUGUUUUUACUACAAACUAAAGCUGCCACUUGUUGACCCUAGACCACAAAACAGAAAUGGCAUCUGCUUCUGGGGCAGAUUUAUGCAAUUUCAACCCAAGUGCACUUGGCAGAUCUGUGUCUGAGUCAUAAGAAUAAUCAAGCAUUAUUUGUCCUUACCCUUACAGAUCAGAAAAGUCAUGGGAAAGUUGUUUUGUUUCUGUGUUUUCUCUAACAACAAAUGCAGCUUUGUAAUUGUAGACUACCUUGUUUGAUUUUGUUACAUUUUGGAGUAUGUGGGCAAGCUGUGGGUGUUUUCUGUAUCCUGUUCCAGAGUUUCGUGUCUGCACAAGCUCAGAAUAGCAGGACGAAAAGGGAUCCCACGCGGAUCAACUUUUUACUCCCGGUUUUUAAGUGUGAAUCUGAGUGAGCGCCACUGUUGAGUGUGACAAUAAUGAGGCUGGAUAUGAACAGAUUUUUAAUGCGGUUGAAUGUUUUCCCAAUUUACAAAACCAGAGCUGUUAAUUUCAGAUGCAUGAGUAUUUUCAGACAGCCUCUCAUUAGUAACUCAUUAUUUGUGGCUAGUCGGGAAAAUAUAACAGACAGUCUCCCCAAAGCGUACGAAAAUAGAGCCUUUAACAACCCUGCUUUGAUAUAAUGAAUACACAAAAGGAGGGUUUGGUUGUUUUCCCCUAAUUGCAGCAUUAACCCAACAUGACGUCACAUAAGUCCGUCUGAGGGCUCUCGUGUCACAGUGGGGCGCAGAGUGCAGGUGCAUUGUGCAGGAAAGGCAUUGACAUCCAAGGAUGUUUUGUCCCAUACUUCAGGAAUGUGGCUCCAUCACAGACAUUCCUGUUUUUUUUUCCCAUUUGUAUUUUCCUGUAAAUACAAAACACAAUUAGGAUAGUUUUGAAUUUACUCACAAGUGUUUUUUUUUUUAUUUCAUUUUCACUUUUAGUUUUCUGUUUUAGUAGAAGUUAGUUUGUACGCUGUUUUGGUAAUUUUUGAAGUUUUAUUUUGGGUGUUUUUCUUUUUAUGAGAUGGACAGCGAAAAGGAAGAUGGGUUAUGUGGGGACAGAGAGCUGGGGAAGCCAUGUAGCAAAGGGUCUCUAUCCUUUGUAUGUAGGGCACUUAGAUCACUAGGUCAUCGACAACCUGGGAAUAUUAUUAUAGGAAAUGCUUGUCACAACUGAUUCCCAGAAGUAUUGUGUAAUAAAACCACAAAAUACCAAAGAAAUAAAAAUAAAUGUAAAGGACCAAAACCAUAAAGGAUUAUGAGGUCCGUCUGUGUCCUUGUGUCUUAUGAAUGUAGAAUAAAAUGACAAGGACUCAAGCUUAAAACCUUUUUUUUUAAAUGAUGUUAUUAUGUUGUCAGUUUUUCAAAGUCCUACUUUUAUAUAUAACAGAAACCGCAGUUUCACAGAAACAUUUAAAUUUUAUUUCAGGAUCAAAGUCCAAAAAAGACAAUAUAUACCAUAGCCAAAAAAGUAAACAAAAUACAUAAAAAAUUUAUUUUUCAAAGUAAACUAAAUAAAAAUAUCUGUGUACACUUCACCCUCCUCCUGUGUUAGGAUUUUGAUUUUAAAUGCUUAAAAGAACCACUUAAAUUAGCUUUUGUGCAUCAAGACUUUUGAUUUUGUCAGGAACCUCGAUUUCAACAAAAUUUAAAAAAAUUAAAUUGACUAAAUUAUAAAAUGCUUUUACUAAAAUGAUGGCACUUGUCGUGUUUGGGUCGCUGUUGACCCAGUUAGAUCAAUAUCUAAUAAUUAGAGCAAAAACUGAAAUCAUAAGUGCACUGUCAGUCAGAUCCUUCUCCAAUCAUGUGAGAUUUAGGAAAUUCUCAUUUUGUCAUGUUUUUUCCUGCACAAAAAACUACGCCGGGCAUGUCCAGACAUGUGAGAUCAGUUCAGUAUGGAUGUCUGUGUGAGGGGUAUAAUGACAAAGAAAGGCCCAGAGGACCACUACAAAAAAUAUUAUAAGCAAUAUUUUCAUGGAUAAUGAAGCCUAACAAGUUAACCUAGAGAUGAGAACCAAAUCGGAUGAUAGAGAAUUGUUUUUAGUGUAAUUUACAGCUGAUUUAAGACAUGGGUCAAAACCAACCCUUAACAUAGUGGGUGCGUAGUAAAAGCUAACACAGGAGGAAGGUUGAUAGAAAUAAAAACUAAAACACUAAACAAAGAGAUGAAAUCAUGUCAGUGUCUUCAGACCUGGGACUGUGUCUGACACUGAAACCAUAACAGACUCUCUUAAACACCCUGAAACUAAAACUCAAAGUCAGACACAAUCAGUCUGCGAAAUAACCGCUGCUUUACAUUGUUAAGUGAACUUUCAUUUUGCCCCAACAUGACCGCAUUUCAGUUUGAACCGCACUGUAUUUCUUUUUUUUUUUGACAGGAAAGCCUCUACCUACUGUCGGGCAGAAAUGCUGAAACAGAAUGGCAGGAAACGUGCUGAUGUAAGAGUUACAGUACGAGGGAAAUGCAACAUAUUUAAGGCACAUUACAAAAGAGGAAGGAGUUGACGUCAUUUUGAAAACACGGCCUGUUUCAGGUGUGAAUCAUUUAAACAGUAGCUUUAAUGAGAGCAGUUUAUUUUUUAUGGUUACUAAAAGCACAGGGGAAGAAGGGACCACUGAGCAACAUCCCAUGUACGUCAAAACACCACAUACCACUAGACUGUUGCGUGCUGGAUUAUCAGACUUCACUUUGCAAACCUGUCAGGCUCUCCUCGUUCUCAUCUUGUAUUUUUUGUUAAAGAUUGACACAAGGGUCACUGUUAGGGGUCAGAUGGUAGAGUAGGUGCCCCACGUAGCCUUCAUUGCACUGGUUGAACAAUUACGACACUGUCUCUCAAGCAUUCCUGUCCUACAAACACAAACAGACGCUCCUGCUCGCUCGUAUCGUUUUAAUUAAAUUCAGAUAUAAUGCAGAUAAAUACUUCAGAUAAAUACGAAUCGGGCCCAGUCAACGUGAAAGUAAAAAGCGUUGGUGCUACUGUAGAUGCCAACAGACUACCAGCAAACACAAUGUUUGUAGGACUUCUACAACUAGGAUAAAGUGACAUAGUCCAGGACCCGAGGUCAACAGUUUAGCAGCGCUACAACACUUGGCUUACUUUGUUAAAGAGGUUUACCUGUCCAGCAGAAAGGUUACAGGGUCACCAAGAUCCCGAAGUGUCUCCUAUCGUUUCAUGUUGACCCGGCUUUUUAGCUCUUGUCCGGUCCACCUCCUUUUAAGCCCCCUUUAUUCCGCCAGAGUCUCCGGUAUUUACUUUGUUUUCUUGCUUGUGUUGGCAGUCGUGGCCAAAGGAGGAUUCAGACAAUUUUCUGUACUUUCCAGUUGGUUUCUGGUUGUAGCACGCUAACUUUGUUUGGGCUCGUGAACGACACGGGGGAGCAGCGUCUGCCUCACAACCAAUCAGGAUGGGGGAGGCGGAAAAUGGGUUUGUUUACAUUUAGAAAGAGCAGACCGCUCAAAAAUUUUAAAGUGUUGAUUAUACAGACAUAACAAAACAAGCGAUAUCGUUAUAUUACCAAAUGUCAUCAAUAACUGAUAGCUAUUGACGGAUAUUAAAAGCUUUUUUGUUUAUACACCACAGAAAAAGCUGCUUUUUAAUGGAUUCCUGCCUACUCCACCUUUAAAACCCUAAAGCCCAAAGAUUAAUCUCAACAAAAAGGAGCUGUCAGCCUAUUAGCCCAGCCUUUACCCUCACAUAUGUCACUGUGAAUGUGCAGCAGCAGAAGUAUUGACCGUUUUGUCCAAGCAGCGAGUUGGGAAUUCCCAUGUGAAGUAUAAAUAAGUUGUUGCUUGGAUUCUGCAGUCCAACUUUCAAUUUCGAGUCUUUUUCAAAGAAAACAGACUCUGUACUGUUGGCAUCUUUGUGACCCAUCCUCCGGGGAUUUGAAAAAUUCAGCUCUUUGAUUGUGAUGAAUUCAACAAACAGGCAGCAGCAGCAGCGUGAAGAUGGUUUACAAAUGAAUAUUUUAGCUCCAUUAAGUUUGAUUUCUUGUAUUAAACCUUCUUAAAAUGCAGGCAUAAAUUUAGGUCACCACAAAUGAGCUAUGAACACAACAGUAAAGAAGAUAUUUGAAGUGAAUGCAACUCCGAUCUGCAUUUGAACGACCAAAAACAAAUCAAUCAAAUACCAAGUAAAUGGAAUAAAUUCACACAUAUGGACGGAUUCAGUAUUUAACAGAAUAAAUCUCUAAAUUUUGGACUGAAGCUCAAAGGGUGCUGCUGUGACAGCUAAUUAAAGCUUGAUAUCUCACCAUGAGAGGGGAAGUAUCUGUUUGUCAAACAUACAGAGUUGAAACUGCCUCAAACUUCACGUUUGAUAAAAAUCCAUCUCUAAAACCGCCCAGUAGACCAUAGACAGUCUUGGAAUAGCACCGCCUACUGGACACAGCCAGUAAGACCUGAGUAACAUGCUUCAUUAUGUUAUAAAUUGACACUGAGCACGCUUGCUUUAUGUUGUGUCUGAAAUACAUGACAAAUGCUUCAGUUUACAGUUACCCCCCCCCCCCAGAUAUUUACAACCCUGGUCCAUUUCUGCAUCCAGGCAUCCAAUUGAUUUUCCUCUAUGCCUCUGCAUUUUCCCUCCCUGACAUGCUAGGUGUAUUUGAAGCCUUGGCUGAUGAAGCAGUUCCAUGUACGGUGUGUAUUCAAAUUGAUCAAGCAUUUACAGUCAGAGGAGUCUGGUUGAUAAAGGCUGUGUUGAGAAGAGCAGCAUUGACUACUGUCUGAAAGAGAAUUUACCAGCAAACAUAGUAACAAUGAAAAUCGAUGAUUCACUCUGGUCGUUCAUCAUACAAAAGUAUGACACACAUGCUGGGUGUUGCCUUCUUUGCUGCUUUUUUUGCUUCAUCUUCCUGAACUGCUGAACUUCAUUAAGGCCCCUGUGAGCCAACUUUGAGCUUGUGUCAGUUUUGGCACCUCUUAUUGACAAAGCAGUCUAUGCUUAUCUUGUUUUCUACAUGCCUCAUCAUUUAUUUUUUUUUUAUAUUUUCUGUGGAAGUCAUAAAAAUGUGUCUGUUUUUGCAGCUGCUCUGCUGACACCUACCUCUGGAUCCGAUUUUAGGAAGUAAAAAUCACAACACAAAAAUCAGUCUUGCUGCAGGUGGUCUUGUUUGCUUUUGUAGAUCAUAAACAUAACGAAUAAUAAUAAUUAUUAACAAAUAACAAUGAGUUUGAGCAUAAUAAAGUCAACUGAAUUUGUGCUUUUCUGUCUCCAUUUUGUUCAACUCUCUGAUAUAUUUUCCUUUUCUGCCGAGCUGUUUUUCUCCUUUUUUAUCGCCUCUUUUCUCAUAUAAUAGACCCUUCAUGCAGUCUCCAGUCUUUCUGUCUCAAUCACACACAGUGUAGGUUAAUGAUAACUUGACCCCAGCUCUGAACCCUCUGACCAGGCCCUGAUUGCUUCAUGUAAAGAGAAACUUGUGUGAACAUUCACAAAAAACCGAGCGGUUUAAGGCUUGUUUCCUGGCAUUCAACUGAAAAUAGAAGCGGUCGAGCCGUUUAGUUUAACAGCUGACCCCUGCUGGAUACAGAGCAGACUUAAGUGAGAGUUCAGAGCUUCACUCAUGAAGCCCAAAGAGAAAAAUAACCUCACACGCACCCAUGUAGUUUUACGGACAAGUACUCUAUGAACAUAGUAAACAGGCACACUUAAUGGCCCUGUAGCUCAUCUUUAUGCAGCCAAGAGUGUUUGAGUUUUUAACUUUGGAAAAAUAAAGUCAAAGUUUAUUUAGACAGCACAUUUAAAAACAACUGCAGCUGUACAGGCCAAAGUACAUAAUACCAAAAAAUAGAAAUAUGAGUUAAAAAACACUUAAAGUGAUAUUCCAGCAUGAAAUUAAGUUGAACACACUGUGACACAGAGUUAGACACCCCCCCAAGAGAUGAAUGUUGCCGACCGCUUGCUUCUCUAGUUAUACCAACUUUAGUAAUGACCGCAGGAUAGCAAUACAGAGAGCCACAUGCUCAACCUAAAAGCCACUCUAUAGCCACAAAUAAUGCUCAGAACAGCAUCUAACUUCAUCAACAGUACAUAUAGGGUUCCAGCCAUAGUACUAGCCACCAAACAUCUAUUUAACUUUGUUUGUUUUCUUUAGCAAAGAGACUAAACACAACUCACCUACUCUCUUCCAGCAGCCGCUUGUUUGUAGCGAGACUACGGGCCAGUCCAUGACCGACUACAGCGGGGUGACACAGCUCAAGGAAAAACAUUUAUGAUCAUUUCUUCAUGGAAAUACAAUCAGACCAAGACGUUAAGGCAGAAAAACUACCUUAUCUGCAGUGAAAAAUGAUUAAUAUGAUGAUUAUUGCUUCAAGGAAAUGAUAAAGUAAUGAUCAUAAAUGUUCCUUCUUGAGCUGCGUCUCCGUACAAACAAGUGGCUGCUGGAAGAGAGUGGAUAAGUUGUGUUUAGUCUUUUUGCCAAAGAAAUGAGUCAAAGUUAAAAAGAUGUUUGGUGGCUAGUACUAUGACUGGGACCCUAUAUGUCCUGUUGAUGAAGUUAGGUGCUGUUCUGAGCAUUAUUUGUGGCGUUUUGGUUGAGUGUGUGGUUCUCUGUAUUGCCAUCUGCAGUCGUUACUAAAGUUGGUAUAACUAGAGAAGCAAGCAGUCGGCAACAUUCAUCUCUGGAGGGGGUGUCUAACUCGGUGUUACGGUGUGUUUGACCCUAACUUAAUUUUACGCCAGAAUAUCCCUUGAACACAAUAACAGGAUAUGAACACAAUAAAUGAAAGCAGAUAAGAUGUCAAACUUGUCAGGCUCAACAGGUAUUAAAAGCCAAUAUGAAGGUUUGUGUUUUAACUGCGAAUCUGCCAAAAGAAACAGCUCAGUCUAAUGUCAGUAAUAACUGCUGAGUUCACUGAGGCCACAGAGUUUUUUGAUACGUUGGACACUUAAACUGGGAGUGUGGGGAACUUUCUUAAUGGAAGAAAUAAAAACAGCGUGGGAAGGGUUUUUGUGCAGGAUCUGAACCAUCAGUCUCUCCUCACAGAUCUGCCGUCUUCAGCGGCACCUGUCUGCCGGCGAGCACCAGCAGGACCUGUUUGAGGACCAGCCAGCCAUGUUUGUGUCCCAGCACUCCCAGCCUCCGACUCAGAGUCUGAUGGAGCUGAUCCAACUCUGUGGAGGAAAAGUCUGUAAAACCGUGCGACAGGCUGGAAUCUGCAUAGGGAAGUACAGCGGCAGGAGACCAGAGGGGAGCAGGAUCCUGUCCGAGCAGUGGGUGCUUGGUAAAAGAUUUUCCUGUUUCUUUUCUGUGUUUAAGAUGAAAUAAUUUUAUUGGGUUUCUGAUAUUCUUUUUCUCUUAUUUCUUCAGAUAGCAUUACUCAUUUGAAGCAGCUGUCAUAUGAUAACUACGACCUGGAGCAGAGUGGAGAGAAAAGCUGA